AUGCUUCUGCAAUAUUCCCUCAUCGUUUUACUUUCAUCCAUCACCUCGUGUUUUGGCCAAAGUGGCACACCCACCGAAACAGGUGUCGGUGAGCUCGGUAUUCUGGCUAUUAUACCCACUGCGACCGGUCAAAUUGGUAUCAAUCCAGUUGAUAUCCCUGAUCCAGAAAGCUUUUCCGCACCAAUCGGCGUCGACACCCAAUAUCUUACAGAGACAGUGGCCGAUGGCAAAACAAGCACAAAAUGGAUUGGAGUUGGUGCCGACUUCGGUAUUGCAACAAUCACCACGGCAGGCGCAGAUGGACUGCCCCAAGAAACAACCAUACCUAAAGGUUUUAACGUGGUUGUCAAUGCUGAAGGAAAAGUUGAGAUUACGCUGAGCCAACUCAUCAAAGAUCAGCUCGCCGAAAUUGCACCUCUGGUACCAACUUGCCCUUCAACAGUACGACGAGACUGGGAUCCCAAGAGCCAUCGACACGUUGAGAAACGGGCCGCCGAUAUUGACUGUAUUCAGAAGCGGACUGUCAUGUUCACUAACGAAUUCCGAAAACGAGCCUUUAUGGUCCCCCAGAUGAUGAACCUCAACGAGGACAUAGCCAUAGCCUCGGGGAAUGAUGCCUUCCAACUGAGCCGAAUCAACCGGAUGAUGGCGUUUACGCCCGAGGGAGUUGUCAGCAGCGCUCUUGCAGGCUCCGAGGCCUCACUCGACUCAUUCCUGGUCGCUGUCGAGUCCGCAGCGUCGGGUGUCAUGGCUUCAUUCGCCUUCUUUAUUGGCGCUGUCGACAUCCUUGAAGAUCUGUGGAAACUCAAGGCAGACCCUCAGCCCAUGCCCUUCUUCAAAAGUAAAACUGACACAGAGGAAGAAUCCUGCCCAAAGUUGAAGCUCGCUUGUGCCGGACAGCGCUGCAGAGGACAGGCGGGUGUGUGUACCGGCGAAUGGAAGGGCUGCAAGUGUGGAACGUCCUCCGUUAUGGUAGGGGAUGUUUUCUUGUACGACAAUGACUGGGCUGUCGUUCAGCAGAUUAUCAAGGACUUCGAUAUCGACAGUGAUCCCAGCGAUACCAAGGACAUCCCGGACCCCACAUGCAGCUCCACCAGCGGUGAUGAGAACAACCUCGCCAAUAUGGAAACUGACUUUUGGAAAGAGCUGCUGGAUAAGGUGUGCGAUGACAAUUCGAAACUGUCCAGUUCUUUCGACAAGACAAUGAAAGCAUCUGACUUGGGUCUCGACUCAUAUGAGAACUGGACAUUCGACUUUAGCCUACAGACCAGUGGAGAUGAGGAAUGUACUGGCUACAGUUGCGCUGAUGUGUUUGGAAAAUUCUCGCAGUGCUCUUAUGACUCUCACACCAAGUAUAAGACGGGUGAGCUGAACCUCGACUGUGGCACUGUUAAAUAUGCUAUGAACGAACCCGAUGAAGAAGCCCCAGAAGAGAAACCAAAGACGGCUCUGAAGAUGCAGAACGAUAAAUGCUACGGACGAGACGAAUUUGGUGAUCAUGGCGACAUUGACGAAUACUGGGUGCGCUGGUAUUCCGGUUGGGCUUGCGGUGGUACGGCACUCAACACAAUCAAGGCUGGGCAACCCGACACUUUCAUCAACACCUAUACGACCAACAAUGACGUACCCUAUCAGUACAAUGUAUACUGGAAGGACGGGUGCGAACUUGAGACAGGCGAGACUGAGAUGUAUGCCUCGAAUCCCCUCAACGAGAAAAAUCCGGGACACACCAAGUGCCAGGAGAUUCUUAUUGAUGACUAUAAGAGGUGCAACAAUGGAGGAGUGGGUGGUAGUAUUGAGGCUGGUUGCUUGGUAUAUGAGUUUAAGGCUGAGAAACAGUAA